UUCUUCUGACCUCACUUUCUGGUGGACGUGUGGUAUUCAAAUUCCUACGAAAAUUCGCCGCUUUGUUAGACAGCGAAAGAUUGAAUUAAAAAAGGUUAAGACAUCAUUAUUCGAUAGACACGAGGCUUUAAAGGCCGAUAGGCUUUCAGACUUCGACGAAGCUGCUUCUCAGGAGUUAAAUGGCUAAAUAACGGUAGCUGUCACACCGGUCUCCCCCUAGGAUGGCGGAGGGAAGCGAAGAUUACGAUUCAACAUCUGAUCAGGACUCUGAUGACCCUGUGUUUGACUCAAGUGAUGGUGAAAGUGGUAGCGACGAUGUCACUGAGGACUCAAGUGAAGAUGACGAUGUUGAGAACCUUUCUGACAGUGACGACGAAGAAGAAAAAUUUCAACUGGAAGAUAUAGACGAAGAGCAAAGUGACGAGGAUGAGGAAGGACAAUCUGCUAAAGAGCCAGUGCAGCUGAAUGAAGGUGGAAGACCAGAAGAGCUACCUGGGAUAGGCGUUGACAAGAAUGAAAAACCUCAUAAAUUUCCGCCUAACUUCUCCAACGUCAUGCGUUUGGUCAGAAAGACUUUUUAUGGCCGAGGAGUGAAUACCAAGUUUGUCAACAUCCUGACCGACUUUUCAGACGCAAAGAUUUUCCUCAUUGAUGGCGACUCCUUGCUGCUAGAAAUUCUUGGUGAGGAAAGCUUGGAUUGGAGUAACGGUGGACAAUUUCUGCAUCUUGCAUACUUAACGGAGCGAUUUUUGCAAACGUUUACAGAGAAAGGCGGCGUUUUCCACGUCGUUUUUUUCAAAGACAUGGAGAUAAUCUGGAGAGGUAAUCCGUCCAUGCUGCUCGCUCGGGAAGCGCUUAUUCUUCAUCUCCAGCACAACACAGAUUUUACCGUAAAAACCUUAAUGGUGAAUCUUUGGGGACAGAGGUGGAAAGAUUACGUUGAUGACGAGGUCCCUGCGUUUUUCCUGUUGACGGAUGCUGAAAACAUUCCUUGCCAGGAUGGAAAGCUGAAAAAAACAAUGGAAUUUUUUUUCCGUUGUCUCUUGUAUCAUUGUCUCGCACAUGGAUUAAAUUGUGUUUUCAUUUCGGGCAUCCAGACAACUGCGACAAAAGUGAUGGGAUUUUACAUGGAUUCCUCUGCCAUUCACAAAAAGUUCUUUACGAAGCAUGAACAGCGACUACGGAGAACGUGGCAAUAUCUGAUGAAUUUCAGGCACGACCAGGAAUCUAAGAGCUCACCCAGAUGGAAGGACGCGUUUCCUCUGGAUGAUCAGAUUGACAUAGAAGCAGAAGUUUACAAAGCUCUUCAGCUUCCACCAAAAGGCGGCUGUCGACAGGUUGCCGCAGUCCUUGGGUGUGCACUGAUCCUCUUUAAAGCUCUCAAGGACUCUAGAAGCACCAAGGAAACGAUGAAAACUGUAGAGGACAGAAUGAAGCUUUUUUUGCUUCACAUUGCAGUACUGAACAAACUGCCGUUGAAGUAUAGAGCUCACUUCAUAGACGAAAACUUGUUAAAUGAAUUCUGCAGAACAAAGGACGGUAACGUCUAUCCCUUUAACGAGAUCCACAUGUGUUUAUGGGAGAUUUUAAAGGCAGUGCAAGUUGUGCAGGAAUAUGCAAGUAGAAACCAAACAGGCAAUGACUUUUUUAAGUCAGUGGCAGAUUUAAUGGAUGGGCGUCUGGUCCAUACUCUCUUUUCCGAUGCCUUGCAGCAAAGGUCAAAAGGCGUUGAAGGACUCAGUCUACCGGAGGAUGUCAUCAGGGAAGUAGAAGAUGCGUGGAAAAAGGCUGUAAAUAUUGUGAACGAGUCAUGUGGUACUCACUCCCUUGAAGCCCAAUUUUUUCCCUUUGCUGAAGAUGUGUUAGACUUUCAUGAAGGAGAAGUUUCAGUGAUGCGUUCAGAUGCAGACUCUACCAUGAAGCUCAGGCGACUUACUGAGGUGCAAAGCGUUCUUGUGAAUGAUUAUGCUGGGGAUAUUCGAUCAGAAAUUAAUGCCAUGGCAGAAGAAACAAGUGACGACGAUAUACCUAAUAUUGGUCGGGAAUUUGAUGAACGAUACCACUGGCAUUCUCUUAGACCACUUUCUGAUGAUUACGAUAGAACGAAGAAAUCUAUUACAGAUAAUCCUCCAGACAAUCCUUGGCAAAGGAAACGGUAUUUUCAAGAUAAGCAAAAAUAUAUUCGCUUUCAAAGAUUCUACGGUAACUCACUGGUUGGUGGCAUUGAUCAACAAAAAAUCAUCACUGUCACAGAGUCAGGGUCGAAAAAGAAAACGGGAAAGAGAAAGGAAAAUAAGCAGAGCAAAAACGCUGCAAAAAUCAUCGAGGAAAGUCUUAAAAAAAGCAGAGGUAAGUUGUAUAAAGCGGAAUUGAAAGAUCAAGAGAAGUGGGAUGGCAUUGUGAGGGACAUCGAAACAAAUCUGAGGAGAGAUAACUUCAGCGAUGUUCUGAAAUUGAUUGAUAAAUAUCUACUAGAUUGCAAAUCUCCAAAACUUCGUCUUCACGCGCUCAUGAAAAAAGUCUAUAGUUGCUUUGAAGGCUGGAAGCAGACAAGAUCCUCCGAUCCAGAAUCUAAUGACAUGAAAUAUCCUGUCAUUUUGAUGGAAAGCGUUCAUAAAAUUGUUCAAGACCUACCAAGUGUUCUUACCGAUAGGAACAAGAAGAAACUGGCUAAAAUUAUGCAAAAGCUGGGAUUUGACGACCUCGUGCCCUUGUUUUGUGAAAUGCCACCAGAUCGUGAGAAAAAGAAUGAACAGCAUUUUGUUCACACCACAAGUACAAGAUUCCAACUUGAAUACAUGGGGCAUUUGCUGAAACGGGAAGUGAGAACUGAUCCGGACUCUCGGGUUGAACAUUUUAUUCCGGAUACAUGGCAGCGCCAACUUCUCGAUGCCGUCGAUAACAAUGAAUCAGCAGUGAUAGUGGCACCAACCUCUUCAGGAAAGACUUACGCCUCGUACUACUGCAUGGAGAAAAUUCUUAGGAAGGAUAAUGAUAGUGUAGUGGUCUACGUUGCACCAACAAAGGCUUUGGUCAAUCAAGUCGUUGCUACAAUUUAUGCACGGUUUGAAAAACAGAUGCCAGAGGGAAGAUCAGUGUUCGGUGUUUUCACGAGAGACUAUCGUCACAACACGCUAAAUUCUCAGAUUCUUGUUACAGUCCCACAGUGUUUGGAGAUCCUCUUUAUUUCUCCACACAGACAGCAUUGGACGAAGAAUGUCAAAUAUGUGAUUUUUGAUGAGGUUCACUGUAUUGGAUCAGAAACUGGAGCUGAAGUCUGGGAGCAUCUCCUACUUAUGAUUCGCUGUCCCUUCCUGGCGCUCUCCGCAACCAUUGGAAACCCAGAGGAACUAAGACGCUGGUUGCAAGCUGCUCAAGACUUUCGUGAAAAGCAAGACAAAGAAAAUAAAGAAAAUCUGAGGAAGUCAUAUCGCAUCAGGUUAGUCAAAUUUGAAGGACGGUACUCCGAUCUAGAAAAGAGCAUUUACCUUCCAAAUAAUUGUGAGAAAGGAUACGAUGAUUACAACAACGAGGCAUUCGUGAGGCUUCAUCCUUGCGGCCAGCUAGGACACCAACAGCUUCGCCAAAAAGGUUUACCAGGUGAUAUGGCACUUACACCAAAAGAAUCUCUACAAUUAUAUGACACUAUGGUUAGCGUGUGGCCUGACUGUGAAUCACUCCAGAAUCUUUCUCCUGAGACAUAUUUCCUAGAAAAUAAAUUGAUCCAAAAGGGUCAUGCUCGGCAAUACGAGAGUGACCUGAAGAGGGAAUUCAAGUCUUGGGCAGACAGCAGAGAAUUGACAAAGGUUCAGUCAGUUAUAAAUUCUUUAAAGUCAGUUUUCUUGGAAAAUCACUCUUUAACUGAAGAACAAUGGGGUGAACUGGGAAUGACUUUUUCUGGUAAACAGUUCAUAAAGAACAAUUUUGCAAAACUCAUUGACGAGCUCAGAGCCCAGGACAAACUGCCUGCCUUAGUGUUUAGCAAUGAUCGUAAACUCUGCGAAGAGCUGGCAAUCGGUUAUGCUCAGAAACUAGAAAGCAAGGAACAAAUUAUCAGGAGAAAAGGCAACACAAAAGAGGCAAAACUUGCACAGAAGAGGCAAGGAAAAGCUGAAAAAAGUUUGCACAGAAAAAGAGAUGAAAUGCAGAAAGAAAAAGAGAAAAGAUCAAAAAGCCAACCAGAUAAGCAAGAUGAGAGGGGUUCUCUUUCAGCCUUGAACGAGGUUCUACCGCAGUGCACAUUGGCAUUAAAUACUGGGAUUGGAAAAGAGGAUUACGACGAGAUAAUGAAGAGAAUCAGGUUCAUCUCUGAAAAAUCGUUAUUCAAGCGGGCUCUAAAACGAGGAAUCGGCUUUCAUCAUAGUGGAUGUAGCGCUAAUAAACGCUCUGUGGUGGAAAUGUUAUUCAGAGGCAAAUACCUUCAGGUGGUCAAUGCAACGUCCACGUUGGCUCUCGGCAUCCAUAUGCCUUGUAAGUCAGUGGUGUUUGCCGGAGACUCGUCCUACUUAAAUUCGCUGCAGUACCGACAGAUGUCUGGUAGGGCGGGUCGGAGAGGUUUUGACCCCAUGGGAAAUGUCAUUUUCUUUGGAAUUCCUUACCAUAAAGUCCAGCGCCUCAUGACUGCAAAUAUCCCAAAGCUUGUUGGCAACUUCCCCAUCACUGUUUCACUGGUUCUGCGGCUGCUUCUGAUGACGACCCAAGCAGAUGACAAGAAAGACGCCCUCACUAAGGCCCUAGCAUUACUGUCUCAUCCUUUUAUCUGCCAAAAAUACCCUCAACUGGAAAUCCAGAUCAAGUUACAUUUCCUCUUCAGCGUUGAACUUCUGGUUAGAUUGUCUCUUAUAAACAAAGAAACCGGAGCUCCACAGGAAAUGGCCGGACUGGCAACCCAUCUUCAUUACCAUGAACCGUCCAACUUUGUCCUAAUCAGCUUUCUACGAAGUGGUCUCUUCCACAAGCUUUGUCAGCCAAGGACAAAGGGUAAAUUUUCUGUCGACAUUAUGCGAAAAAUGGUACUUGUUCUCAGCCACUUAUUUGGAAGGACUUAUGUUCACCCCUCUUUGAUGCUUAGGGAUCGAUCUUCAUCAAAAUUGAUUUUGGAGGAUCUCCCGGAUGAAUUUGCCAAAGUAGUCGAAAGCUACAAUCGUAAGGUCACCGAUAUCUUUAGUCAGUACCCUGCCACAGUGGCUAAGUGGUUGGGAGAGGGAAGAGGAGAGAAUCACAAGCUCCCCUUAUCAGGAAUAGAAUUUCCAAAUAAAGCCAGCAUCGAUGGCAUUGUCGAGCACGAUAUGAUAAAAGUCCUUGCAAACACUUCCAUCAAGCCUUUGGCUUGUUCCUACUUCGCUGCGCUGUCAGGGAAUACAGACUCACAGUUACAUCAUACCAGCCAAAUACCAGGCGAUCGGAGUGAAGAUGAAGUUGAUAGCGACGAGGAAGAGUGGGAGGAGGAGCCACUAAGAGAUAUGCAGAAGAUCGUUCGUCAAGAUAUCUACACGGACAUGAAUCUCGUUCCCAUUCUUCGACUCAGGAAUAGGCUACCCCUGAAUGCCUAUGCAUUGGAUUUUUUUAAGCACGGAUCCGCUAAAGUUAUUGAGAAAGAAAAUGGCAUGCUGGCUGGCGAUGUUUACAAUGCCAUAAAGGAGUUUUACCUUACCAUUAAGUCAAUCAGUUGUUCACUGGAAGAGCUGGGUCCUAAAACUGACAAUGUGGUACUGGCUUUUAAACAGCUGGCUCAGGAGUACGGAGAGAAAUUCAGAGACCAGUUUGAACAUGAGGCAUAGGAAAUACAAAUUUGAGUUUAGUUAUUAAUUUAUUAAUAUCAAGUUUUCUAGACUUGUCGAAUUUAAAAGAUUAGUGUUUGCUGAAAAUGUUUUGGAAUGACACGGGUAGCACUUGUUUUCCUAGAGAAUACUAAAUAGAUUAACAUAUUGUGUCGGUAUACAAAUUUUUUUUUUUUUUUUUUUAACAAAUCCGUGUCCUAUUGAUCAAUUUCAAAUGAGUGUCACUUAAAUUAUUCAAUUUUUGAAACGAGAGCGUUUAUCCUAAGACUAGUUCAAAGACUGUUGCUUGAAGUAUUCAAAGGCUUCUGUAAUCUAAUUAAAUUACUGAUAAACUUAAAGGUAUAGAUAGAGAAGUCAACAUGGUUAAACAGAUUUCUACACUAAAAUGGAAGGACCGUGAUAAAACUGAACCAAAUAUAUGUACUGUAACACAAAAAAAAAAAGUAGUUUACGUUAAGAAGUUGUAACGAGUGCAAAUUAAAUAAAACUGUUCGUAUCA